GGCUCCAGGCUCCAGGUUCCAGGUUCCAGGCUCCAGGUUCCAGGCUCCGACCAGCAUCAUCAGCAUCAGCAGCGUCACACGUUCUUCACGCACAGUGGAUGCACGGAGCCAGAGACCCGGUGGAGGAUGAUGCUCACACCGGCUCAGAAGGGCUUCCUCUCCGGGAUCAUUAAGCAGGCAGCAGCGGUGCGGUCGCUGGUUCUGGUGUAAGAUGCACGGGGUCGAACCGGGAGUGCUGGUCGGCCUAGCUCAGCUCGGCUCGCCUCGCCUCUUUCUAUUCUAGUAUUUCUUUAUUGCAUCGAUAUUAUUUCCAGGUCAGAACCUUGGUUUCCUGUGCGGCUUGUCUGCACUAAAGAUGGCCGGAGAUGGCGGCGCUCUGAAGGAUCUGAAUGAGAUUAAAUCCCAGUUCCGGACCCGGGAGGGUUUCUACAAGCUGCUCACCCUCUCGGACUCGCAGCAGCGGGGCGGGCUGCCGCGGGGUCCGGCCGCUGGAGGCACGCUGGGCCCCGGGCCUGGACCCGGUCCGUUACCGGGCGGAGGGGUCGGGCUGCUGCAGGGGCCCGGGGCUGCCGCCGCCGCCUCCUCUUCCUCCAACGCCGCAGCCAACUCCUCUCCGGCGGGCUUCCUGCCGCCGGUCCGGGUCUCCAUGGUGAAGCUGCAGCCCGAGGACCCGGGCGAGGAGUCGGAGAGAGUGUGCUUCAACAUCGGCCGGGAGCUGUACUUCUACACCUACACCAACAUCAAGAAGGCUGUAGACCUCAGUAAGCCAAUAGACAAGAGGAUCUACAAGGGGACCCAGCCAACGUGUCACGACUUCAACCAGUACUCGGCCACAGCAGAGAGUGUGGCUCUCAUCGUGGGGUUCUCAGCCGGACAAGUCCAGUAUCUCGACCCCAUUAAGAAGGAAACCAGUAAACUCUUCAAUGAGGAGAGGUUGAUAGACAAAUCCAAGGUGACGUGUCUAAAAUGGCUUCCCAAGUCAGAGAACCUGUUCCUGGCCUCCCAUGCCAGUGGCCACCUCUACCUCUACAACGUGGACCACCCAUGCGGCACCACAGCCCCACAGUACUCUCUGCUGCGGCAGGGAGAAGGCUUCGCCGUCUACGCCUGCAAAACCAAGACGCCGCGCAACCCGCUGUUGCGAUGGGCCGUGGGUGAAGGGGGCCUCAAUGAGUUUGCCUUCUCCCCGGAUGGCGUCCAUGUGGCGUGUGUGGGCCAGGACGGCUGCCUGCGCGUCUUCCACUUUGACUCGAUGGAGCUGCAGGGGGUGAUGAAGAGUUACUUUGGGGGGCUGCUGUGCGUGUCGUGGAGUCCAGAUGGGAAAUACCUUGCCACCGGCGGUGAGGACGACCUGGUUACCGUCUGGUCGUUUGCAGAAAGCCGUGUGGUAGCAAGGGGGCACGGCCACAAGUCUUGGGUGAAUGUGGUGGCUUUCGACCCCUUCACGACCUCCCUGGAAGAUGAUGAGCCGAUGGAGCUUAGCGGCAGUGAGGAGGACCUCCACCAGGGGGCGCCGAACAACACCAUGCACUUCGGCCGGGUCCGAACAAGCAGCACGCUGUCGCGUCUUUCUCGGCACAGCUCUAAAGGCGGAGGUACGCCGUCGGUCACGUACCGGUUUGGCUCAGUGGGGCAGGACACCCAGUUCUGUCUGUGGGACCUGACGGAUGACGUGUUGUACCCACGCUUACCGCUGUCCCGCGCCUUCACGAACACUUUCGGACCCUCGCUAUCCAACUCUGGCAGCGUGGUGGUCAACAGCACCUCAGGUGGGGGAGGGAGUGGGGGGGUUGAGGGGCACCAUCACCCACCUAACACCAACACUGGCACAGCCAACCCGCCAACACUCCCCUUACCGCUCCCCCGCUCCCUCUCACGCUCCAACUCUCUGCCCCACCCCGCCGUGGCAAACACCUCCAAAGGCCAGGGGGCCUCGGAGGGCAGUGGGGCAGGUGGAGGAGGGGGAGGGAGCAGCGGCGGAGGAAACAUCACCCCGUUCAGUAUCGGCCGCUUUGCCACGCUGUCGCUCCAUGAGCGCAAGUCGGACAAGUCAGGGGGCAGCGGGGGGGUGGAGAAGGAGCACAAGCGUUACCACAGCCUGGGCAACAUUAGCAAAAGCAACGACAAGAUCAACGUGGCGCCGAGAAGCAAUCGUCUGGACGCUGCUAAGGUCCUGGGCACCACGCUGUGCCCACGCAUGCACGAGGUGCCGCUGCUGGAGCCGCUGGUGUGCAAGAAGAUCGCCCACGAGAGGCUGACGGUCCUGGUGUUCAUGGACGACUGCAUCAUCACCGCCUGCCAAGAGGGUCUCAUCUGCACCUGGGCCCGGCCGGGGAAGGCGAACCUGACAGCACAGAACGGGAACUCUCCGAGCGGCACCGUGGUAUAGCCGGAGGAGAAGCUUUGCACUCAUCCCUCCCUCCACCUCCUCCCUCGUUCUCAGCCUUCUUCUUUUCUAUCCUACGCUUCUCUCCAUUCCUCCUCCAACAUGUCAGACCGUGCCCGACACACGCUGAUAACAAUAAUAACUUCAUUUAUACAGCAGAUUUCAAAAGACAAAUCAUUUAAAAUCAUAAAUCAUAUGGGAGUAAAACCAAUAUCGUUAUAUCAGCCAGUAUAUAUAUCAAAAACAAAUUGGCAGUGAUUCCUAAGAGGUCAUAAUCAAGUCAUGACAAAUAAAUAAACGUUAUUAUAAACAACUUUAAAUAAAGAAUACACAAAUCCAACCAAUGUAGAACUUCUAGUAAGAAAAUAAACAUUGCAAAAUUCUUUAAUUUAUUUCCAUAAAACACAAUUAUAAAUGCACAUCUUUUCUGCUUCGUUAAUUCUAUAAAAUAAAAGAUUUCAUUGGUCGGGCUCAGUUUCCUGAUAACUUCACUCUCACAGUUGCGGUUUGUUGGGAAAUUCUUCUGAGAGCAGAUAAACAAGAACCAAUGACAAAUACUAAUAUAGAGCGUCCGCUAGUGAGCAGUUAGCUUCGCUCAGUGUUUGUUCUGGUGGCCAACAGUGGACAUGUACACAACAUGGACACAAGUGUGUUGACACCAGUGAAGAACAAUGUGAACACAUUCACACACGUUUGGCUGUAGAAUGUAUUUAAGAUACAGAGAUUGACUGUCACUCAUACCAAAUCUGUGUUAGCAAAUAUAACACUAUUUAAAAAAGCUAAAAUAUAUUUAGUUAGAUCAGUUGCAUCCGCCAGAUUUGAAGGAUUUUAAUAAACGUCUAAAUACCAGAAACACAUAUUUUGGCGCGAUGGAACUUUUGAUUUCAUAGUGCAGCAUUUAUUCCUUAACAUUUGUAGUAAGAAAUCCUGAUGUUUUAUGAGCAGGAAACACUGAUCUGUCCUCACGGAGAGUUUCCAAACUCACGCCACAGUGGGAAGGAAGUUUUUCCCCUCUUCCAUCACCUCCCUCCUCCCUGUUGCUCUGCAGAAAGACUGCAUCCAACAAACCGACCCUCCUCUCAGUUUGUAACCCUGAAGGAACGAGGAGCAAAGUCUUCUUCUGGUCUACAGCCUCUGGUGUUCAGCCUCUGGUCUACAGCCUCUGGUCUUCAACCUCUUUUCUUCAGCCCCGGUUCUUCAGCCCCCGUUCUUCAGCCUCUGGUCUUCAGCCUCUGGUCUUCAGCCUCGUCCCAUCCCCCCCUUUUCUCCUUAAUGCAAAAGCCACUGCAAAAGCCACGGCCAUUGUAUUUAAGUUAUUUAUUUUAUCACAAGACUGUGUAGUAAUUUAUACUGUAAAUACUGAAAAUACUCUAUAAAUACAAAAAGGACAAACGCGUAUGGAAAUAAGGACUUGACAACGAGUAAGUGAAGAAAAAGCCGUGAAGAUGAAGAAUAUUGAUAUAUGAAGAUCCUUCUAUUGUAUAUAAAAAACACAGUUAAAAGUUGAAUGUCUGCUGUUUAAGGGAACUUGAAGAUGUCAAUGUGUUUUUAUUUCGUGUGAGAGAGUUUCUCCAGUUCGUCCCUGAAAGUGAGAAGGUUUAAAUCCGUGGAUGGAGACGAGGGUACUUUGGGUUCAGGAUCCUCAGAGCGGUGGCUCGCUCCACGUCUCCGCUCCCCGUCCAAAAACAUUCUGCUGACAAACAUCAUGUGGACAAACAGCAUCAAGGCUCACGAUCAAACACACACUGUUGCACAUUCCGAACAUGAAAAGGCUUACACGUACUAUACAUGCACCCACACAACAAACUAACACAAACCCACCACUGGUGUAGCAUCAUAUGCAGUUUACUGUGUCUUGGGCACUGUGUCCAUUCCUGUUGCACCUGAAUUGCCUCUUGCAAGAAUUUGCACAUACAAUAAAUCCACAGUACAUCCUGAGUUGUCAUUGCUGACGUAGGGUUUUUAUUUUCUUGAUCGAUCUAAGCUCAACAUGUUUGAACAGAGGAUUUAAUACGUGUGCAUCUGUACCAACAUCUAGAUUUAUUCCCUUUGACG